GCUAACAGGAGGGCGGCACGUCAACUGUAAGUGACGUGUGUGUAAGCCAAUAGGAAGCCGAGAAUCAUUAUCACGUUGGUACAAUUGGCUUCAACAGCAGUGUGGUUCUCCACAGCACUGAGGCAGCUGGAUCAUGGUGUGUCUGAGAGUGUGUGUGUGUGUGAGUCCAGGCUGCAGCAGCACUGACCGCUGAGCACCGGACGAUGGUGCAAAACUGUGGCUCAGGGUUCCUGCGGGGUUUGUGUGCGGACUCACAGGGUACCUAGCUUCCCGAGCCGUGUGUGUCUGUGUGUGCGCAAAGACGUAGGCGCGCAGGAACGCUGAUCUGCGUCAGGUGGAUGCGCCCAGUCGGCCCUAUGGAUCGCCUCCAUGGAUCGCGUCUGCAAACCCAAGGAUUUGGACGGUAGUUCGAGUUCCGAUGCGCGCGUCUCCGCGUCAGAAGAUGCAGACGAAGAUGUUUUUCAAUGGCCCACAAAAACCACCAGCACCAGCAGCACCAUCACCAUCACUGUGCCGCAGAAUGGAGUUCGAUCCGCUACGGACGCUGCAGCCGCCGCACUGCCGCUUCCGCCGGGUGUGUGGACGGCCGUGUUCGAUUAUGAAGCCUCAGCAGACGAUGAGCUCAGCCUGCGCAGAGGGGACGUGGUGGAGGUCCUGUCCAAGGACUCCCUGGUGUCUGGCGAUGAAGGCUGGUGGACCGGGAUGAUCGCGGACCGGGUUGGAAUCUUCCCGUCCAACUAUGUGAGCACAGGGAAAGUGAUAGCGGAGGAGAUCCGGGACUCGGCGGAGCAUCUCCCCGUACCUCCACCCCUGCACCUCCUGGAGAUCGAGUUCUCAGAACUGACUCUGGAGGAAAUCAUCGGUAUCGGUGGUUUUGGGAAAGUCUACCGUGCGGUGUGGAGAGGAUCAGAGGUGGCAGUGAAGGCAGCGCGGCGGGAUCCGGACGAGGAUGAGGCUCAAACUCUGGAGAGCGUACGACAGGAGGCCAAACUCUUUGCCAUGCUCAACCAUCCCAACAUCAUGGCUCUGCUGGGCGUCUGUCUGCAGGAGCCCAACCUGUGCCUGGUCAUGGAGUACGCCCGGGGAGGCUCCCUCAACCGCGCCCUGGCUGGGAAGCGCAUCCCACCCUGUACGCUAGUGGACUGGGCCGUGCAGAUCGCACGAGGCAUGUACUACCUACACAACCAGGCCAUCGUUCCCAUCAUCCACCGGGACCUGAAGUCCAGCAACAUCCUAAUCCUAGAGAGGAUUGAGAUGGAAGACCUCAGCAACAAGACUCUGAAGAUCACAGACUUUGGCCUGGCUCGGGAGUGGCAUCGUACCACCAAGAUGAGCGCCGCCGGCACCUACGCCUGGAUGGCCCCUGAAGUCAUCCGCUCCUCUAUGUUCUCCAAGGGUAGCGACGUUUGGAGUUAUGGCGUGUUGCUGUGGGAGCUGCUGACCGGAGAAGUUCCAUUUCGGGGUAUCGAUGGUCUGGCUGUCGCUUACGGAGUAGCGAUGAACAAACUGGCUUUGCCCGUUCCCUCCACCUGUCCCGAGCCUUUUGCUCGUCUUAUGGAAGACUGCUGGAGCUUAGACCCACACUCACGUCCACAUUUCACCAGUGUUCUGGAUCAUCUGACGGCCAUCGAGGAGUCUGGCUUCUUUGAAAUGCCCGUAGAGUCUUUCCAUUCUCUGCAGGACGACUGGAAGCUGGAGAUCCAGGAGAUGUUCGACCAGCUGAGGACCAAAGAGAAGGAGCUGCGCUCGUGGGAGGAGGAGCUGACCCGAGCCGCACUGCAGCAGAAGUGUCAAGAGCAGGCGCUGAAAAAGCGAGAGCAGGAACUGGCCGAGAGGGAGAUCCACAUCCUGGAGCGAGAACUCAACAUCAUCAUCCACCAGUUGUGCCAGGAGAAACCUCACGUGGUGAGAAGACAAGGGAAGUUCAGACGCAACCGCCUGAAACUGAAGGAUGCCAACAGGAUCAGUUUACCUUCAGAUUUUCAGCAUAAAAUCACAGUUCAGGUUUCUCCAUCCCACGAUCGACGGAGGAGUUUGCUCAGCAGCAGCUCCACCCCCCCAAAUAGUCCACCGAUGCUGCCUCGUCUGAGAGCAAUCCAACUGGCUCCAGGAGAAGGUUCCUCAGCCUGGAGCCGUAGCAAAGGUUUACAGCAGGAUAUUGAUUUUGAAUGUGAGAGGAAGGGCUCCAGGAAUAAGGGCAGGUCCCGUGGUUGUUGUCCGUACAGAGAGCACAGCGCCGAUGCCAGUACAAAAACUCCACAUGAGGGCAGCAGACAGCGGUCUUGCAGUGCCCCAAACCUGCGCCGAUCCCCGAGACACAGUCCUGCAGUGCCUGGCGUUCCGAGCCUGGUGGAGAUGGAAAAUGAAGACUGCUGCUUCACCACUGAACCAGGGGCAGCUCCUGAUCACUCCUACCUCUGUAUCCCAUUCAACAAAGAGAACCACUCCUCUACUGCUGCAGACAGUGACGGAGACGAGUACUGCCCGACUGGUGGACCCGUACCAGGAACACCUCCGUGCAGGAAGAGUCCAGGAAGUGGACGACGCACAGAGCUGGUGCUGCUCGGCUGCAGUGCUCUCCUGGCAGCCGUCGGACUGGGGUGCAACCUGUUAACUCAGGCCCAUCCAGAGGAGGGCGGUAAAUCCCGAUGGGAGAGUUUCUUCCACAGAACAGGGGGUCAGAAAAGAAGCUCCAGCCCCCCGACUCGUAGACUGUUCAGGAGGGAGAGUCCCCUGAAACCCUCAGCACCCUCAGUAAAACCCGAGCGAGGUUUGCCUUCCUCUUACACACUGAUGUCUUUAUCAUCAGUGUCUGACUGUAACUCCACCCGCUCCCUGCUGCGCACCGACAGUGAGGAGCUGUUUGUCUGUCGACCAGCAUCUCCACCUCUCACACAGCCCCCUCUGAAGCUUCAGCAUCCACAGCAGCAGCAGCAGCAGAUCGUCCAGGCCCCCAUCAACCCGCUGGUCAACACCCACCUGGAGAGCUUCAAACGCAAUCCUCGCCAGUCUCUUACACCCACACACGUGCCCUGUGCCCCCAGCACCUUGAGAAGCCUGCGUCGAACACCGUCAGACGGAGCCAUCAAGAAAAGCUGUCCUCUGAGUAAUCUGGAACCUCUGCCAGAGAAAACAGCUCUACAGAACACAGGUGGCUUCAGAGUUUUGAAAGAGAGCCCCAGUGAUGUUCCCCGUCUCCCUGAUCCUAAUCUGGUGUUCCCUCCAACACCUCGACGCCGCUGUGUCCCUGAACGCCCCAAAACCCUUGACUUUGUAGCUCGACCACGGCCUUCGCCACGGGUACGUCAUGAUGUGUUUUGGGCCGAUUCGCGUCCCAGAUGUAAUGGACAAAUUCUGGGUAAUGGUGAGUCUCCGGCCCACACCUCCAGCACGGAGACACCACCAACUGUAGAGUUUGGGAGAGACCCAGUUGUGCUACCCACUCCAAUGGAAGCUCCAACGCCCUACUCCCCACGGAGGAACCAGAACCUGCUGGACCAGCGGGAUGAAGGACAGUACAGGGAUGGAACUGUUCCACUCUGUAAGCCAGAGACCAGCUUUCCCAAAGACUCACCUUACCAACACAAACCUGGAUUCUGGUCCUAAUGUUUGUGGUCCGUGGAUCUGGGGUCAUACAUUUUACAAGUAAGGGACAAUAACUGUGAAUAUUUCGACCGUUCUGAUUUUCGUUUCAAUACAAAACUCAAAUCUUCCAGUACAGUAUUUAAACAAGCUAAACUACCAAUUGAUUCAAAGGGCAAAAAAAACGAUUGUCAUCAUGUCUUGUGAAAGAAGUGAUUUCUUUUCUCUCUGAGCAUUAACAGGUGAAUGGCUUUGUAGCAAAAAUGCGUAAAAAGACAUUUUAAAACAUGGGUUUAAUGUUGUGCACAUUUAAAAGUGCACUUCUGGUAAGAAUCAUGAAUGUAAAUUUUCUGUUUUUCCCCUAAAAAACACCGUCCCUGUUCUUACUGUAUGUCGUUACAGCAUCAUAGUAUUUAAUUUA